AAAGUUUGAGAUGACUAUGCGUCUGUGACAAGCUUUGUCUCUUGCGUCACAAAUGAAACUCUUCCACUGAGCCCACGGCCACUGGAACAGUCACCACAAGGCCGUUGUUCUAAAAGUCGUUCCGACGCUGACAGGAAAUGGCAAGAAGUACGCUGCUGGUGUUGCUCCUACUUUGUGUGCAUGAGGUAACUUCAAAUUCAGCCUCAAUUCAGGAGAAUGCCUGCUACAGAAUCGACCCUGGGGUACUUGCAGGGCUGGUCAUCAGUGACAUCAUCCUGACCACGGCUAUCGUCCUUAUCACCUACUACUGUGCAAGCCGGCGCAGACGACAGACAGACAAUGCUGAAAAGGUCUAUAUGAAUGUCAGAGCCAACUGCAAGAAGUAGGUCAAUGGGGCGCACCAGAACAGUAAACAAUACACGAUUCCCCAUUGCCUUUGCACAUUACACAUCAGUAAAUGGCUUCACAUCCACACACGGAUGCCCUGCGCUGGACAUGCACCAUGAGGGACAUGAAUUCAUUUGUUCUCCUCAGCUCUUAGUGCUUCUUCGUAUCUUUGCCUCAGACAAUUUAUGCCGUCUGAACUCAGACUUCAAAUAUGCAUCUUUGUAUGAGUCACAUCUGCAUCUGGACUAUUGUGUAGUGUGCCAUCACUUGGAAGGUGCAUUCCUACUUUGGAUAGUUGAGAGAUAUUCUGUGGGAAAAUACACAGUGGUAAGAAUUGUUUGUUGUGGUUCACCAUUGUUGUUAUUAAUGUAUCAUGACAUUAUAUAAAAAUAUAAAAAUAUAGUGAACAAAAGUGGAUUUA